ACCCACGCCAUCGCCAUGCCGCCCGGCAAGCCAGGACUGGUGAUAAAACGGCACAACAUCCGAAUAUGGUGCCACGACUGCGACAUGGCGCGCCUGCAGCGCGUCGUGUGGGAGGGACACGGGGCCAGGCUUCUCAGCGAGGUCUCCAACCAACCUGUGGUCAAGAAGUUUCUGGAGGCUGUGCCUUAUUUGAUGAAUACAAUACGAGACAUCCACGAGGCAGUGAUCCAGAACGACCUGGAAGGUCUGAUAAAGCACUCUGGAGAGCCGGUGACGUCUCAAAUCCUAUCCAGUCGCGACGCUAAUAAUAUGACUGUUAUGCAUAAGGCUGCCGGCUUAGGCCACGGCGGUAUACUGAAGUACAUCGCCUUCCGCUACCCUCAAGGCAUCAACGACGUCGAUAACGACGGCCGCACACCUUUACACUACGCAGCUAUUGUACGUGAUGAACAGCAUAUGUACAAUACGCUAGUGGGAUUGGGGGCUGAUGAGUCGGUUGUGGACAACAAAAACAAGACACCUGGUUACUAUAUAAAUAGACCUCAGGAAAUCGACAAAAAUAUUCUAAAAACACUUCCUGAUGCACCUCGAACCCCGUCCAGCACCUACCCGUCGUCUUGGGAUUGGAAGAUACUGGACACAGAAGUCAUAGCUGAACUGAAUAAAAAGUCGAGGAGGAAAAUGAAAGCAUCCAGUGAAAAUAUUUCUUCGAAAAAUAAUACAACCACCAUCUCUGAAACAAUAGAGAAUAAGGCAGGGGGCAUGAAAAAUAGUAGCACGCAUGAAUUCAUAAAAGACUUACCUGAUCUAGAUGAUAAUGUCAAGCCUAAUCACAAUAAUGGCGAUACGAAUGAUAGCAAAUUAGAGGAUUCACAAAUAGCUGAAGAAACAGACGAUGUAACUGAAAACUAUACUGAAGAUGAGGAAAAAGAAAAACCAGAGGAAGAGAAAGCUGAAGAAGCACCAGUUGAAGAAAACGCCAACGACGUUGAAGACGAUCAUAAUAAUGAAGAGCACAAAAAUGAAAACGGGAAAUAUCAUGAAAAUGAUGAACAUGAAACUAAAAAUGGUGAAAAUGAAACUAACCACAAACAAGAAGAAAAUGAUGAAAAACACCAGGAAGAUGAAAAGAACGAACCUGAAACACAGAAUGCCGAGAAUACUGAUGACAAAACUGAAGCUAUUGAGCAAGUACCCGAUGCAGUUGAAAGCCGUGAAGAAGUUAAAGAUACAGAAAAAGCUGAGAUUGAUGAGAUUACGCACAAUGCAUCUAAAGACCAUGAAUCACAUGAUGCCUCUGAAAACCAUGAACCACAUGACCAUGAACAUUCAGAGCAAAAUGAAGUCGAUGAAACAAAACCUGCAAAUCAAGAAGAAAAGACAGAGAUUAAAGAUGAGGAACACGAUUUUGCUGUUGAAAACCACGAAGAACAUAAUGGUGAGUCACAAGUUGAUAAACACGGUGAGAUGACACACAAAAACAAUGACAUUCAUGAAAACACGAAAGAUACUGGUAAUAAAUCAGAAGAAGAAGUUAUUGAAUCUCCAAAAGAAGGUAAUAACAAGUAUGACCACAACGAGGAUGACGAUGAUGUACAAGUACAAGGAGACGCUGUUUCCGAAUACAGCGAAACAAAUCUCAGAAGUACUGCGGAACUAUCCGACACGAAUAGUGCCAAGAGAGGAAACCUGACUGACGGAAGAAGUACGCAAGACAGUCUUAUUGAAGGAAUAGUAAACGGAGAAGCCGAAUUGGACUCCCAAGAUGCAAGUAUUACACAAAGAGAUGGAUCAGUACACGGGGACGGGCUCGCUGUUGACAAUGAAAUUGACCCGGAAGUGACGGAACUUAUAAAUAAUGCUAACAUGGAAAUGUUGGCAGCAUUGGUUUUAAAUGGAGAAGGAUCAAGACUAGUUGGUAGACGUUCAGGAAAUUCUGAAUUGCAAGCGUUUCUAGAUAAUGUUUCAACUUACAUGCAAAAAAUAAAUAAGGUUCACCUGGCAGCCAGGGAAGGUAAUAUUAGAGAGCUUCAAGCAGCGUUAGAUCGACGGAAAUUUGCCAUAGCACGAGAUUCUAUCUCACCCAAUGGUGCCACGCCUUUGCAUGUAGCUACAGUUUUUGGAAAAACAAAUAUUAUUAAAUAUUUAGGUGGAAGAUUUCCUGAAACGCUCUCAGCGGUUGAUUUUGAAGGCAGAACGGCAUUACAUUAUGCAGCUGUAUUGCCAGACAACGGUCAUUAUUAUAAUUUACUGCAACAGCUAGGGGCCAAUGCAAAGGACCUAGAUGAUAACGGUCGUUCGGCAGAAGAGUAUUACAAAACUCCGAGUUUAUUGCCGUUUAGUCAGUUAAUUGCAGACUUUGGCAUAGAUGAGGAAACAGCCAAAGAGAUGCUAUCGGACAAAGGUACGGACCACGUCGCAAACGGCCAUAUGGACAUUCCCAUCUUUCGGACCGACGAGGGCAGAUACCUCGCCAAGUCUCUCGGCGAUCCUUUGAUCAAAGGGUUGACCGAAGUGGCUAAUGUAAAGCCAAAGGACCCAGUGGCGUUCCUCGCGAGUUUUUUGCACAAUUUUCCGGAGAAUGAAAAACCACGAUUAGGUACGCAGGAAUCCAAUGUGUUAGUGACGCAAGGGCCACCCGAAGUGGAGAACGAACAGCCCCCUCCGGACACGCACGCGGCAUUGUCUCGGAGCGCGACUCGCACAGCGACGAGGCCAAGGCCUAUUGACGUCAUCACGGUGGAUCCACGGGCAGAAAGCAGUCCUGAUGGGCCGGAGGCCGCAUUUAGUAGUGCUGACAGGGACGAACACGGCCAAUCUAUGCUCCACUUCGCGGCCGCGAGGACACACACACGUAACGCACUGUUCCAGUUGCUUCAAGAGUCUGAUGUCAACCUUGCCUAUAGAGAUGAGCUGUACCGGACUGCGAGAGACGUAUCUCUGCAGGCUAAUGUGCCGGAGAAUACUGCUGAGAUCGACCGAUGGGUGCUGCAUCUAGCUGCUAGAGGUAACAAGGAAAAGAUAAUGGAGUUGUUUCUAGAAGGCUACGAUCACAUACUAGACGUCGUAGACGAUGAGGGAGUGCCAAUAACCGAUGUAGUGGCCAGCCGGGACAGUGAAAUGAGCAACGUGCUUGCUUCGAUACCUGCUUUCGAGGACUCACGAGACGCCCUCCACAGUGCGAUACGAAGAGGAGACCUCGCAGCAGUUGAGAAUACCCUGGCAGCAGAGGGUGGAAGAACACUAGCUAGAGGCAAAAGCUCGUUCGGGAGAACAGCUCUCCAUGUAGCGGUGCUGGCGCAGCAUGAAGAGAUCGUGGCGUUACUGGCUUCCAAGUGUCCGGAGCUGCUACGGUUUGGAGACAACUUAGAGCGCACCCCCCUUCACUACGCAAUGGGAGUGGAGAAGAUGGAGUCACUAAGCCGUGUCCUCAUCCGAGCGGGUGCCAAGCGCGUGCUCAAAGACCUGAAGGGGCGCCAACCCUCCUACUACUUCAUGAACAAGUCUGACAUCCUGCGGCUCAAAGAGGAGGAGGAGAUUUACUGACAGAGCAGGAGGGCUUAGUUGAUUCCUCGAAUUGUAGUUGAGGAGUUUGGAUGAUUUUAUUCUUUAUUUUUCUAUCGUCUUCUAACCACUUGUGCACAGUUUAAAAAUUACAAUAUUCUAACUUUUUUUAAAGUAAGUACUUUUUCUGUCCAUUUAACUCGUUUACUACUUAUUUGAAACAAAAAUGUGAGUCAGUCUCUGUUUUUCAUAUUUUGAUAUGAUGUUAUAUCUUUAUCCAUGGCUAAUAUUUAACUACAAAUGGAUUUUGUAAGCGAUAGGUAUACCAAUUCGGUAAUAUUAACUAGCGAGAAGACGAUAAAGGAAUAAUAACAAAGAAAUUCAACAAAAUAUUUUGAGAUGAAGGAACUAUCAUGUUUUGGACAGCUCAUCUUUUAGUAUAGGUUUCUCAUCGGCUGAUAGAUUAUAUAUCUACACACCUGAUGGUAACACUCUGGUUUUCUGGUGGUGUAGGUGACAAAUCACCUGAUAGCAUAUAUUUACCUAAAGUGUAAUUCUAUGGAACUUGCUAACUAUGUAAACAAACCGCCACAUUGAAAUCAUCAUUCAGUGACAAUUUCAAUAUGGCGGUUUGUUUACAUAGUUAGCAAGUUCCGUAGAAUGACACUUUAUGUUGACCCAUGACCUGAGAUUUUCAGUCUUUUCCAGUGGUCAGAUUGGUAUCAUUGGAAUCAUGAGACCGUGUGAUUGUGAGUUGUGAGGCUAAAUAAUUUUGUAAGCGGGCCGUAUCUAAAACGAAACAUUUGUAUUAUUUGCUUUUCGUGUUGCACUUUAGAUAACUCUAAAUGUUUCAAUGAAACUAGUUGUGUGCCGAAUUUCUUAGAAAGCGUAAUUGAACGCACGAUACGGAUUUUAUAUAAAAAAUAUAAAAUAUAAACAUUAAUAGGUAUUUUUCUAAUUCACGUCAUUCGUAACUUGAGGGGACCCUGUAGAUUCUAAAAUUGUUAGAAUUUUGAAAUAAUAAACGUUUUAAAAUAAA